AUGAAUUCCUCGAACGUUAAUAACAAGGAAGAUGAUACAGAAAAAAAUAAGCCCAUUAUAGAGAAAGAUAUUAUUCCAACACAAAAAAAACAUGGAGUAUUUAAGCAAAUACUAGCAUUUAUUGGUUCGAAAGGAUGUAAAAAUAUGAUCAAAGCGAGUCUUGCGUAUUGGCUUGCAUUCUUGUUGGUUUUUAUUCAUCCAUUCGAACAUCAUUUCCAGAGAACUAAUACACUCAACAAUUUGAUUUUGACCUGUAUCGUUGCUCAUCCAGGGAUAUCUGUCGGUGCUUUUCUUCAGGGAGGAAUUGAUUUAUUGAUGGGUGUUCUUUUUGGUGGGGCGUGGUAUGCAUUAUUGAAUGGAGGACUAGGAAGCUCGAAAGCUGCAAUGAUAGUGUUUGUUUGUUGUCUUUUCAAAGUGUUGUCAGUCGUCUAUCUCGUAGUCGAGUAUUUUGAUCAAAUUCAGCUUAAAGAAACGUUAAUUGCCUUCUUAUUAGGAUUGGCAUUAAGUUUGGUUAUCAAUUUAUUAUUAUGGCCUGAUUCUGCUGAAUUUGAGUUACGUCGACAAUUAAUUCGUUCACUCGACAAUAUAAACACAUUCAACAAUCUCAACAUCAAAUCCUAUUUAUUAACUAUAGCACCGAGUGAAAAGGAACAUCGUGAUGAUCUCGCACACUCCAUUCGUGCCGACGUGCAAACACUAUCAACGUUACUUCGAACCGCUGACUCUGAAAUUAGCUAUUCGGAAUUUUCACUGAAAGAGUAUACUGGCUUCGUGGCACAAAUCAAAAGACUUCAACAAUAUUUAUUAGCGGUACAUGGAAAUAUAGUGGCACAUGAGGAAGCAAUGAAAGAAAGUGAAAAGUUUCAAGGAGAAUUCUUAGGCGUAUUACGAUCUCCUUUGAAUAAUUUGAAUGCCGGCUGUAGUUUGGUGAUUACUUCGAUGAAACAUAAACUCGAUCCCGAUAAAAAAGCCCAAACGGUUGAUAUGGAAGCUGGAAUCAAAGCAUUUGUAGAUAUUCGAAGUAGUCUUCCACUUGAUUUAACAAUUGAAAGUAGUGAUGGACUUCUACAGACAACAUUGACGAUACUUCAAGAAGAACAAUAUAUUAUUCUAAGGAACUUGUUUAAUCUAGAAUUAGAUUGUUACCAAGAACCAAUUCCGUCUGCUAUCGAGAACGACAACAACAUUAAUAACGAUCCAGAAAAUUUUGGCGAGGGAAAUUCGCGAGAUAGUAUUUCCGCUGUUCAUUAUAGUGUUGAAGCAUUCAAUGAAACAAAUGAAUCGAAGAGAGCCGAUUUUUUGGUAGACUUUUUCAUGUUUGGAAUAAAAGAAUUCGUUGAAGAAUUAUUGCAACUUCGUCAUUCAAUAAAUAAUAGUUCAAACUCAGGGACUGGAGAGAGAACUAAAUCUAUUCGGAUUCAUUUUCAUUCGUAUCUUUCUGAUUUUCUGAUUACCAAUUCAACGUCAUCGCCGCCAGCUGGAAUGUCUGAAUCAAAACAAUCAUUUCGCCUUAGGCUUAGCAAAUUCCUGCAGUUUUUUAUAAGUCCAUUGAGCAUUUUUGCAUUGAAAGGAGCUCUACUUUUAUGCCUCGUAUUAAUUCCUUUGUUGAUUGGAGGCGAACCAAAAAAAUUCUUUGUAAAAUGGAAUUUACAAUCGAUUGCUAUUCCUCUAUUAGUAACACUUAGUCCUGUGCAAGGAGCUUCGUUUAUUGCUUUCAUCUAUUCUAUUUUAGGAACUUUCUUGGGAUCUGUGUUUGGUUAUGUAUCCUUAAUUACUUGGGGAACUUCACCACCAUAUGGACUCUCGUUCUUUACGGCUCUCUUCGCAUUGCCUGUAUGCUAUGUGGCCACAAAUACACCUUAUGUGGUGGGAUCUUUGAUUGCCAGAAUAACAUUUUCGAGCGUUAUUCUCGCGUCUUAUCUGAAUAGAGAUAACCCAGCCUUCGAUAAACCUUUUACAAGAGGAUAUAAAUCGUUAGCUGUAACCGGAAUGAUUAUCGCAGCGGUCUUUUUCGUUCAGGUUUUCAUCUAUCCAAAUUAUGCUCGACGCGUACUUCGUCAUCAACUUUGUGAACUACUCGAGAAUUUCCGAUUUUACUAUGAAAAAGUUUCCCAAAUCACCUCGCUUGUCAUGGACAAAAAAACCAAAGAGGAAGAGGUAAAAGCAUUGAGUCAAGAAUGCUACGAACGAGAAAUAAUACUCCAAACCAAACUACUCAGUCUACAUCAACUACUCUUAUUCGCCGCGGCGGAACCACGACUCUCCGGACCAUUUCAAACAAAGAUCUACGAACAAAUAUUCCACCAUAUUCAAGUGAUGCUUGACCGGAUCUCUUGGGCACGCACAAGUAUCGGCACAAGACCAUUUUGCAACAAAGUAAUCGACGACUUUUAUUUGCCAAUGCUGGAUGCACGUAAAGAAGUCGUGAGAACUUUUCGCAUUUUGCUUUACGUGUAUGCUAAUACCAUGAAAUCAAAACUCCCAUUGCCGAAUGCGCUCCCGAGUGCAGUAGAGGCACGGCAUAAUUGGGUACAAAAGAUGUUGGAAGUGACAAAGAAAUUACAAAUAUCGGGGAGAUUAAGAGAUGGUAAUAGCAAUAAUGAAUAUCUUCGGUAUUAUGCGUUGACGUUGGCGAUGCGUGGUAAUGCCAUUUAUAUUGAUCAGAUGAGAGAGUGUUUGAAGGAAUUGUUUGGAUUAUCUGAGGGAUUGGGUAUUUAA